AUGGGAGAUGAGGUGGUCGACCUGCUGGUCCUGGCUUCCCUUCUAGAAUCGUGGGAGACGCUGAAGAUUUCACUUACAAACUCUGUGAAAGAUGGAAUUAUCAACAUGGAGAUUGUCAAAAGCGGAGUCCUGAAUGAAGAGAUGUGGAAAAUAUUACAAGGUGCAUCCUCAUCAUCUACACAAUCAGACAUUUUGGCGGUGGAUUCCAGAAAAGUGGAAGAAGUGAAGCGAGAGGCUCGAAGCAAAGAGGCAAGAGUCGAGGGAUUUUGCCUAAAGUUCAGAAACGAGAGAAGGAAGGGAAAACGAGAUGAGAACAGUGAUAAUGAUGGUGCAAACAUUGUUGACGAUUUCAAUCUUGUCAACGAAGAAGAUGCAGUCAACCUGACAACCCAGGAGACAAGUUGGGUAGUUGAUAGUGGCAAUUCACGUGACGUCCAAGAGAGAAUUUUUAUCAUCUUACACACCAGGUGA